AUGGAUCCGAACGCAGAGGAUCGGUCGCCAAGCGUCGAAGUGGUAGAAAUCGAUGUCGAAGCGAGGUCUGAGCCGAUUGUCAAUUCCGAGAAGUAUAGUGACAGUCAAGCUGCGUCGCCUUCGGCUGUCGAUCCCACAAGAGGACGAGCAAGUACCGGUCCCAAUGAUAAUGAUCAACACAACUCCCCCCCAGCAUUCCAAGCGCCUAUGGCGAGCUCGAUAUUCCGUACUGCUCUAGGUCAACCUCCACUUGUUCAGACCAUAAACAGCCCAUUACACUCGGAGAGAUCUGAGCGUCGAAAUGAAGACCCGGAGAAGCUGAAGCAAUGGCAAGAAGAGGAGUUUCAACGACGCUUGAGAGGGGAGUACGAGCAGGCGCAACGUCGUGUGGGAGAAGUGGUAUCUGAAAACAUGGAUCGACUACUACGAUUAUCAUCCAUUCGUCUAUCUCCACCUCCGAAAACCACUCGUCCAGGAUUUUUGAAUUCUGCUCUAUCACCAUUCAUAUCUUCAUCCUCAUCAUUCUUGCCGUCUUUCUUCCAUAGAGCUCCUCCACCUCCUCAGAAUUUACAUGAAAUCCUACUUUCGACCAAGUCUUUGGUGACGUAUCUGAACGAAUUUGGGAUAUAUGAUAUGGAUCGGGUCGGAGUUAGGUUUGAGACUAAAAGAGGUGGAGAUCCUGAUGAAAUAGAAAUGGUAUUAUCACUAAAAGAAAAAGGAAGAUUAUUUCUGAAAGCAGGUACUGAAGUUGGAGGUGGUGAAGGUGGAGGUAAUGUCACAGCGAGAAUACGGAAUAUUUUCGGUGGAGGCGAAUCAUUAGAAGGAAACGCAUCAAUAGGAACAAAAACUAAAUCAGCAUAUCAGGCAUCACUCACAACUCCAUUAUUCGCUUCACCAUUAUUAUCAUUUGGGAUAUCGGGAUUUUCCCUGGAUAGAGAUAACAGCGCUUUCGCAAGUCAUAGAGAAAGAACCCAAGGUGCUAGAGUUAAACUCAGCGGUAUCUUUCCUUGGGGAACACAUGAUUUACAAUAUGAACUUGUCAAUCGAGCUAUAGAACAUCUCACACCCAAUGCCUCUGUCUCGGUUCGAGAACUCGCAAUCCCCUCAACCAAAUCAUCGAUCUCCCACACAUGGACGUCAGAUACUCGUGAUGAUCUGUGGAUGGGUACGAAAGGAAGAUUACUCAAAUUCACACAUGAAUAUGCGGGAUUACCUGGAUCAUCAGAGAAAGCACAUUUCUUCAAGUCUACUACCAUGUCACAACUCAGUAGAGCAUUGUAUUCAGGCUCCAACAUACACUACUCCAUCACCUCACUCACCACUCUUCUCAUGCCCCUCUACCGACGCCAGCUGGGCUCAACCUACCUGCCUGAUCGAACCUAUCUAGGCGGACCUAAUUCUAUCAGGGGAUGGGCAGUCGGCGGAUUAGGUCGAAGAGAUGGACCGGACUCGUUAGGUGGAGAUUUGAGUUGGGCAUUAGGUCUAUCAGUGUUCUCUCCUAUACCGAAGAAAGACCAUUGGCCUCUGAAAUUACACGCUUUCAUCAACGGAGGAAAGGUAGCAGCUUAUGAUCAGGCCCGAUCGUUCACUGAUAAUAUGACCAAGCUAUAUAAUUCACCAAAUCUCUCAGUGGGGUUAGGCUUGAUGUACCGAUUAGAGCCUAUACGGAUAGAGGUGAAUUUCUCAAUGCCACUGAUAGGACGUAAAGGGGAAAGGACUUCAAGGGGUUUGGGAGUAGGCGUGGGUAUUGAAUUCCUGUAA